AAAGAAUUUUUUUGUGGGGGGUUCAGAUAGUGUCAUGCCCCAGAACACAAUUCGGGGACGUGACAGACGCCGUGCACUUGUAAAAGGAUCCCAUAAAUGCACAAUGCUUGAAACUUAUCAUACCACAAUCUGAUGCCACAAAAUCUGAAGAUAAAAUUUUAAAAUUUGCCCUAAUAUCAUAAAAUCUCCAAAUAAAGUCUAGCUUACAAGAUCAUAAUUUAUAUCUAAAAUCCAUAUUCAAUUUACAAGAUGGCUAGCCUUCUAUUUCGUCACUUCCCUCGUUUUUUCCUAUCCUUGACUUCGUUUCCUGAAAUGGUGGACAAAGAAAAACUAUGAGAUAACUUAGUAAGUAAAUAUGGAUAGCCCUUGGGUAAAAUUUUAGCAUGCCUGAUAAAUAGUUUACGUAACAAAACAUUCAAUGAUAAAUCGUUAAUGCAAAAUCAAAUUCAAUUCAAUAGCAAAGCGUUCAACGACAAACCGUUAAUGCAGAAUCAGAUUCAGUUCAAUAGCAAAGCGUUCAAUGACAAACCGUUAAUGCAGAGGAAAAUUCAAUAGUAGUCUCAUCCAUAAGUUAUGGUCAGUGUUUAACAAACUCCUACUGGCAAGCAUCAGUAAUUACCAAUGUAUUCGCCCAUUGGCAGGCGUCAGUAGUACCAGUGUUUAACAAACUCCCAUUGGCAAGCGUCAGUAAUUACUAAUGUAUUAUCCCAUUGGCAAGAUUACAGAAUGGACUGGUCAUAUCAAUAAACAUGUCGACAUAUGCUAGCAUUUGCAAACUCCCAUUGGCGGGUGUUAGUAAUCAUGACUAUAUCAGAGACAAAACCAUGCAGGAUUUACAGAAAAAUCCGUAAUUCACAAUCAAUCUCAAAUUUCAGA